AUGAUAUCGAAGCUAAUAGGAGGAAAACAAAAAUUUUCUCUUGAACACUUCCAGUAAGUAUUACCCAGGAAACUCCACAGAGAACUACAGUCAAUAAAAGACCACUCACACAAAAGCAAAUGCAAAAUUAUCGAAAAUUUAAAACAAAUGGCCGAGAUCCUCGUCUGAAGCGAACAAAAUAACCAAAAUUUCUUCGAGUACCUUUAAUACAGCUAUUUCAUGUCCAAUGACAUCCAAAGCCUAUUCACUUUUAUCCUAAAAAACUACACAGUGAAGGAAAUUGCAAUACAGCUAAUCCAAACUGCUAAUAUACUGGCUCACAAUCUGUCUGAAAACGAAAGUAAAGAAUAUUUAUUGAGCACCCAAUUUUAUGGAGAAAUCAUAUCAUGGCCAUUUGAUUUCGGAGACGAUGAACUUGUAGAAAAUUAUAUUUCGCUUUUAAAAGGCUUAGCAGUGAAUCUGAAUUUGGCUCUGCUAAGGGACUUUGUUAUCAAUAAAGAAUUCAGGCUUUAUUCACAUGCAUUUAUGUUUUUAAAUUACGAAGAGCCAAUGAUAAGAACUGGAGCAAGGACAGUUAUUCUAAAUAUUUUUAAAGGUAAGGACUAAUUAGUCCCUGAUGAACGAAUUAAAAGGUUUGUUUUGGAUUCUGGGUUUUUUGCCUCCCUGGUUUCAUCAAUAAGGGAACAGUGAAUACAAAUGGAUAAGGAAAUAUCCGAGAUAACUAAUAUAAGCAGGAUGGAUUCGAUCAUGAUUGAUAACUUAGACAAUUUGUAUUAUGUCAACGAUAUUUUUGAGCUAGGGAUUGAAGAAUUCAGCGAAGAGCUUGCAGAUCUCAUGCUGAGGGUUGUGCUGUUGCCAAUUGUAGUUGGAGGGCUGGCUUCUUUUGAAAGGCAGCCUUAUCACCUGUCAAUAUCUUUGUCUACUUACUUGUUGAUCCAAACUCUGCAAAUGAUAAAAUACCCUCAGUUAUUAAAUACUCUAAUUUCAACAAUUUUUUUGAAAGAAGUGCGUGACGAGCUGCUGAGUUUAGUUUUAUACCCACAUCCUCUUAUCAUAAUUAAACGAGAAAAAAGAGAUUUUGACACUUUAAAGCUAGGAGAGUUGACAAUUGAUUGUUUGAAAAAUAUUACAGAAUUAUUAUAGUUAAAUUCUAAAAAUAAGCAAAACCAUUCGAAAAAUUCUAAUUUGCUGAAAAAACUCUCACCAUCCAUGGCCUCGCAUAAAAAUAUAAGCAAUAGUAUUAUUAUAAAAUCUCUAGCUAAUUCUAAUAAAUAUUAGACAGCAUGCACUCUAAAGCUUAUUUAAUAAAUAAAUUAAUUUUUAAUUUCAUUUUUGCAGAUAGAUUUUUUAAUUUGUUAUAAAAUUUAAAAUUUAAAAAAAAUGAUCCCCUCUCAUAAAUAAUUAAAAUGUUUUCCCAUCCACAGAGUGGGAGUAAGAUCACGGGCUUUACGUUACAGAACUUAGGCUUUGCUCCCUUAUUAUAACCUGGGUAAAUUUUUUAGGUGUCUAAUCAAAAUUUGCCAAACAGAAUUUCUAUUCUCCCGAAUAAGCCAUAUUUUAAUAUUACAGAGCCUGUAAAUUUUAAGCAUAACACGAUAAGGCAAAUAAUAAUAUCCUACCUACAGUCCAGAGAUGAUACAUUGAUUACACUUAUUUUGUUGCUACUUGAUUCAGUCAUGUGGAAUGAUCUUAUUAAUAAAACCAUUUUAAAGGCAUCAGGGCUCCUUUCUCAACAAUUAAUUAAUCUGCAAAAUGAAACUACUGAUGAAAAUAACUACACUGUAGACUCAGAAUUAAGCUAUGACCAUGAAAUAGUCCACUAUCUUCUGAACUUAAUGGCAAUUAAGCCACCUUUAAGACUAUUGGCUUGUCAAUUACUGUCCAAAAUUGUUAUUAACUUAGCAUAUAGACAAAAUAUAGAAAAAUGCUUAUUAAUUCGUGACGAAAUUGCUUUGAACCAAGCACUAAGGAAGCCUGUGAAAUAUCUAAAAAGGCUUUUAACCAACAAUUCAUACAACGGACUAUUAUUUUUAGAAUCCUUUGAAGAAGAGUGGCAAUUGGCCAAUCGAUUCACUUUCAACGAGCAUUUUACAACAAGUUCCUCAAUUUUAAUACGCUCAAACAAAGAAUUAGCUACUAGUGUCCCUUUGCAUUUAAGACAUCCUGAAGGAGAUAUAGAAACCACCAAAAUCAACAUGUAUCUGUUCUUCUUGUACAGAAAAAUCCGAUAUUUAUUGUGCAAAAGCGAUUUUCCCUCAGAUAUUGAUAUUAAUAUUUACCCUUUGAAUAAUUUAAGAAAGCUGAAUGAAUGGAAAAUUGGAGAACACUGUGGAUUUGGUAAAAAUUAUAUAGGGAAUCGCACAUGCUUAAGGUGCUGGCUUAAAGAAGGGAAAAGUGAAAUUCUAAGGUACAUUAUAGAAGAUGAAAAUUUUUUCAUUAUUGUCGACCCUGACAUUUCUGUGAUGAACCAUGGAAAAAUAAUUUAUAUCGCCAACCUGAGAAACGUUGAAGCCACUGUAUAUAAUUCAGAUCCAAAAACCCUGGUUUUAGCAAUAAAGCAGAAAAAAGAUUCUUUGCAGAUCUCUCUUUCUUUCGAAGACUCACAAAGAUGCGCCUGGGCAAAAAACAUGAUUGAGUCCCAUCGAAAAGUGUCAAAAAACCUCGAUUUGAGCCUCAUCCAAACAAUGCUGGACUCUUUUGAAAGUAAUUUAAAGAUAAUUGAAAAUUAA